GUCACACUGAGCUGUCCUGUGGGCGGCUCCACCAGCUUCCUGUGCCGUGUUAUGUGUGCUCUGCUCGGCCCCCGUGUGGUUGUGUCUUGUGUUGUUGUGCGGUGUGUCAUGUCGUCUCCUCCUCUCCUCAACCCUCUGCUCGGGGUAUCCCCGGGUCUCCUCCUCCCCCGGGACCAGCCGCCCCGAGCCUGGAGCCCCCGCGACAAGUGCAGCUACCUUGGCCUGUCCCACGGCAACCUGCGUGUCCACUACAAAGGUCAUGGAAAAACCUCAAGAGAUGCUGCUUCGGUGCGAGCCACGCACCCUAUUCCGGCAUCUUGUGGAAUAUAUUACUUUGAAGUGAAAAUUAUCAGUAAAGGGAGAGAUGGAUACAUGGGCAUCGGGCUCUCUACCCAGGGUGUCAACCUGAACAGGCUUCCCGGUUGGGAUAAGCACUCCUAUGGCUAUCAUGGAGACGAUGGACAUUCAUUCUGUUCCUCUGGAACCGGACAGCCUUACGGGCCGACUUUUACAACUGGCGAUGUCAUUGGCUGCUGUGUGAACCUAAUUGACAAUACUUGCUUCUAUACCAAGAAUGGCCAUAGCUUAGGUAUUGCUUUUACAGACCUUCCACCAAACCUGUAUCCAACUGUUGGGCUGCAAACACCAGGAGAAGUGGUUGAUGCAAAUUUUGGGCAGAGCCCCUUCGUUUUUGACAUUGAGGAUUACAUUCGAGAAUGGAGAACCAAGAUUCAGGCCCAGAUAGAAAGGUUUCCUGUUGGAGGGGAGUGGCAGUCAAUAAUACAGAGAAUGGUUUCUUCAUACCUAGUGCACCAUGGGUAUUGUUCCACAGCAGAAGCCUUCGCCAAAUCCACAGACCAGACUGUGCAAGAAGAGCUAGCAUCCAUAAAAAACAGACAAAGAAUUCAGAAAUUGGUUUUAGCUGGAAGAAUGGGAGAAGCUAUUGAAACAACUCAGCAGUUAUAUCCAAGUUUGCUAGAAAGAAAUCCUAAUCUUUUCUUCACGUUGAAGGUGCGACAGUUCAUAGAAAUGGUGAAUGGCACAGACAGCGAAGUAAGAUGUUUAGGUGGCCGGAGUCCUAAGUCUCAGGACAGUUACACAGUGUCUGACAACAAUUGCAGUAAUGGAGUGAUAUCCAAUAAAACUCACCAGUCCAACUGCCGUAGUAAACACCUGCCUUCCAGUGUCAGUGUAACAGAACUCAACAGUAUAAACAUGACAAUGUCACAGCAAGUGAACAACUACACCAGCAGUGAUGUGGAGAUGGAGACCGACCAUUACUCCAAUGGUUUUGCAGUAACCUCAUCCAAUGGCUUUGUGAACGGCAGCUACAAAAAUGACCACGCAUUGGAAUGUGAAACUGAAAUGGAGGUUGACACAGCUCAGGUCAGACGCCAGCUGUGCGGAGGCAGCCAGGCCGCCAUUGAGAGAAUGAUCUGUUUUGGGAGAGAGCUACAGGCCAUGAGUGAGCAGCUUAGAAGAGAACGUGGGAAAAAUGCCACUAAUAAAAACAUGCUGAAGGAUGCAUUUAGUUUACUAGCGUAUUCUGAUCCCUGGAAUAGCCCAGUUGGGUACCAGCUUGAUCCUAUACAGAGAGAGCACGUUUGCUCAUCUCUUAACAGUGCAAUUUUAGAUAUACACAACCUGCCAAAGCAGCCACCUCUGUCACUGGCUUUAGAACAGGCCUCACAGUGCCUGGAGAUGAUGGCUCAGUCAGGCAUUGGUUCCUGUGCGUUUGCGAGGGUGGCCGAUUAUUUACACUAGCUAUGCAUCGGACGAAUUGAGUGUUAACUCAGAGGUAGCUCUGUAUGGAAAUAAAUACUAGACCAGCUCUACUUGUUUGGAAUUCUGUUUGUUUGCACCCUUUUGAGUGUUAGAGAGAUGUACUGUGCAUCCCCCGUGGUGCAUCGCACGUCCCCCUGACAUUCAGAGGGUUACUUAUUACUUUUGUAAGGCAUGUCUUUAUCAUUAACUUUAAAUGUUUUUUCUGGUUUCAUUUUUUGUAAGAGGGUUUUUGUUAUGUAAUACUGGUUAGACAUACCAGCAAUAAGUUGAAAUGCUGAGUAAACAACAUCAAGAUUAAAAAAAAAAGAGAUAUAUACCCCUCAAGUGUAGAUACACUCGGUGUUCAUGCUAGUGUGCAAGCAGAUAUGCUUUUACACCGGCUCUGCAUUUUUAUCUUAAUUUUAUUUUGUUUUUAUUUUGGGGGAUCCUUAAGAAGCAUGUCUAAGCUUUGCUGCUGGAACAAAGAAAUCCAGCGAUUGAAAAUGUUAGUCAUUAUGAUGCAGUCUGUGGUCACCAGGAUUUGAUGGCCAAUGUAUAACUAUUGUGAAUGUGCACACACUGUAUUCAUAGACUGGGUCUGGACAGCACUGAGCUGAUUGUGGUACUUGUGUAUGUUCAUUUAGCAUGUCUGACCGGUAAACAUCUGCCAUAAAUGUGACUCCCAACCUUUUUGGUGGUUGGCAGUACUGGAAGUAGGUUUCCAGUAUGGCACAGGUUACCAUCCCCUGCUAAGUGCAUAAUAAAAGGCAGACCCUCAUGUAUUGAACGCAUAAUACACUGCCUGUCCUAUAAAUCUUUAGCUGUAACAGUGCAGGGUAUUUUUUGCAAUGCGAUCUUGAUACAGUCAGCUUUAGCACUUGUUCCUUAGUGGGCUGCAUCAGUGGUUUUUAACUCUUCUGUAAUGACAACAUUUCUGUAACAUAUCAACACGGCAGCCCUGUUUAAUACCAUGUGAGCAGCGUUUCUCUGUAGGACUGCAUUGCAUUAUAUUCAGUGACGAUCAAUGUAUGUUUAAACCUUUAUAGGAAAUAACCAAAUACUCAGUCUAUUUCCAGGUAUCUUAAUUUCAACUUUGUACACUUUAAUUUUUAAGUGCUAAAAAAAGAAAAAUGUAACUGUACUUAAAUUAAUCAUCCAAUAAAGAUUUAAUUCUA